AUGAAGGGUGCUAUCUUGGCCACCGCGGCCGCCCUCGCGGGCACUGCCCUCGCUGAUGUCGCCCACAUGCGCCGCCACGGCCACGACUCUUUCCACCAGCGUCGUGCUCUCGAGGCUUCCAGCUCUGCUGCUGCUGCUGAUGCCACCUGCGGCUGCUCCACCGAGGUCGUUACCUUCUACGGCUCUCCUACCUUGGUGCCUGUCUCCUCUACCGCUCCUCCCGCCCCGUCUCCCACCGAGACUAGCAGCGAGACUCCCACCCCCAGCAGCACUCUCACCUCGACUGCUGUGACCACCCUCCACUCCACCAGCUACAGCACCGUGACUGUCCACGUCACUCCUUCUGCUCCCGCUCCCGUGGAGUCCUCCGCUACUCCUGAGGUCUCGAGCUCCAGCUCCGUCGAGGUUUCGACCCCCGAGACCACCUCGACUCCCGCUCCCGUGGCUCCCACCACUACCUCGACUCCCGUGGCCGUUGCUCCUACGACCACCCCUGAGCCUGAGCUCCCCACCAACCCGGUGACCAGCUUCUCCUCGACCGGUGUCUACACCAUUCCCGCUACCACUCUGACUGUCACCGACACCACCACUGUCUGCAAUGCCAACAGCGCUGAGCUGCCCAGCGGUUCCCACACCAUCGGUGGUGUCACCACCGUCGUCGAGACCGCCACCACUGUCACUUGCCCGUACGCCACCGUCAAGCCCACCGGUUCCACCGUGACCAGCGUUAUCGAGACCACCACCUACGUUUGCCCCUCCGCCGGUACCUACACCAUUGCCCCCAUCACCACCUACGUGCCCUCCAGCACCGUUGUGGUCUACCCCACCCCGGCUACCUUCACCCCCGGCACCUACACUCGCCCUGAGCACACCGUGACCGCUACCCGUACCGACAUCACCUACAUCUGCCCCACCAGCAGCUCUAACCUGCCCACUUCCACCCCUCCUGCUACCAGCUCCACCGUCCCUGCCACCACUGCCGUCCCUGCCACCUCCGCCGCCCCCAGCAGCUCUAGCUCUAGCUCUGCUCCCGCCCCCAGCUCCACCGGUGAGGUUGGCGGAACUCGCAUGGGUAUGACCUACUCUCCCUACACCAACGGUGGUGACUGCCAGUCCAAGGACGAGAUCGCCAAGCACGUCGCGGAGAUCAAGCAGAAGGGCUUCACUCACGUCCGUGUCUACUCCACUGACUGCAACGGUCUCGAGUACAUUGGUGAGGCUGCCAAGCAGAACGGUCUUAAGAUGAUCAUCGGUGUCUUCAUCUCCAGCACCGGUGUCUCGGGCGCCCAGGACCAGGUUACUUCCAUCGCCAAGUGGGCUCAGUGGGACCUUGUCUCUCUCGUCGUUGUCGGUAACGAGGCCAUCCAGAGCGGUUACGCCGAUGCCUCCAGCUUGGCUGGUCUCAUCUCCUCCGCCAAGUCCACCUUCAAGUCGUCUGGCUACACCGGUGAGGUUACCACCACUGAGCCCAUCAACGUCUGGGAGCAGUACAGCAGCACUCUCUGCAAUGCUGUCGACAUCGUCGGUGCCAACCUCCACCCCUUCUUCAACGCCGACACCACCGCCGACCAGGCCGGUACUUUCGUCAAGUCCCAGUUCGAGCUCCUGAAGAAGACCUGCCCCGGCAAGGACAUCCUCAACUUGGAGACCGGCUGGCCCAGCGAGGGUAGCGCCAACGGCAAGGCCGUUCCCGGUAAGGAGCAGCAGGCCGCCGCCAUCAAGUCUCUCGCCCAGGAGGUCGGUGACAAGUCCGUCUUCUUCUCCUACGCCAACGACCUGUGGAAGGACGCCGGUGAGUUCGAUGUCGAGCGCUACUGGGGCUGCAUCGAAUCCUUCGUUUAA